GAGUGGCAAAUGCUAUGCCAAGUGGUGGGUAGAUAUGAUGCUUCCAGUGAGGCUGCCGCACUCGAAGCCAUUGAGAAGCUGGAAGAGCAGGACGCACAAUAUGCCAAAUGGAUCUUGGAAGAUGUGGCAAGUGGGUAUCGCCAAGGACCGGACCUGGUGGUGCUGCAGGAAACCCAUCUCAAGACGGAGGGUAUCCAGCAAGCCAUGAGCCAUUGCCAAGAUAUGGGAUAUACCUUCAUUGGCAUGCCUGGCAGUACCAAAAUUAAGGGUGUACAAGGAGGCCUGGCAGUGGUGGCACCCCGACAUAGGAACCUGCGAUACCUUACCGAGUAUGGUUCAGGACCGGCGGGCUUCCUGGCAUGUGCCAUGAGAAACAAAGGCUGGGAUUUGAUCAUCGUCAGUCUGUAUUUGGAGAGCGGGGUCGGAUUCCAGGCUCCAAACAAUACCCAAGUACUGGCGAGACUGAUAGCCUUUCUCAAGGGCUGCAAAGUGCCAUAUAUGGUGCUGGGUGAUUGGAAUGAAACCCAGGAUACCAUGAGGGGCACAACUCUGGCGACAGAAGUUGGUGGUGCACUUGUGGGAGUGGGGGAACCAACGGCCCAAGGAUCGGACGAAAUCGAUUAUGGGCUGGUUGCGAAAUGCUUGGUGCCCAUCCUGCAAGUGAAAACGGAUUGGGAAACCCCUUUUCGGCCUCAUGCUGCGAUGCAUUGGAGGAUAGCCCAACCGUGCAGUAGCCCUGAUGUUCCCCAAAUGAAGAAGGCGGGAGCACUGGUAACGGAAACCGUGGAAUACACACCGGUUAAAAACACACAGACCAUCCACAUCUUGGAUGAACCCAGGAUGGAAGAUGAACUCAGUGAGAAAUUCGCUCACCUGAGUGUAAGUGUGGAGAGGUCGAUCACAGGACGAAUCGACGGUAUGGGUGUCAAAGCUGAAAUCGUCCGGAAGAAAUUGGUGGUCCACAACCCGGAGAACGUUGUCUGGACAGGCAAGAGGGCAGCUUUUUGGAACCGUGUCCAACAAUGGGUCAAGCAAGGCAGACAUCAUGGAGACGCGCAUCCGGUGGCGCGCCUAGUCCAAAGUAGACUCAAUGUGUACUAUGAGGGCGAUGCGCAGAGCCGGGAGGAUAUGCUUGUGAGUAUCCUGGGACGAGGCACAGACGCCAGACUUGUCCUAAAGCGCAUUGAUGAACAGCAAUGCUACGCGAGAAAGGCAGACAUAGAGGAGACGGCCCACCAGUACAAGCAAAGGCUCAGCAAGGCCAUGGAAAAGGGCAUGCGACCGCUGUACAAUGCCUUGCGGAAAGACGAACAAGUGGUACAGAGACCCUACAUGGAAUAUGACAUGCUGGAACGGCCACACAUUCGACGUGACCACUGGGCGGCGGUGUGGACGAAGGGCACACCGAUGGCACAAACGGCCUCGCUCAUGCUGGAGCUUGAGGAUGCAGCCAAAAAACAGGCGGCCAGCGUGGAGCCGCUGAAUCCUGAAGAGGUCAAGGCAAGGAUCAAGAAAUUGGCCCUAAAGAGCCCGGGGCCGGAUGGAUGGCGGAUCGACCAUUUGCAGGCCAUGGACGACAAAGCGGUCGAAGCGGUAGUGGCUUUCUACCAUGAGUGUGAGGCCAAAGCAACAUGGCCGAAACAAAUGACAGUCUCACUUAUUGCAAUGCUGCCUAAGAAUCUGACCCGGGAGAGACCAAUCGCCUUGUUGCACAUCCUGUACCGAACCUGGGUCCGAUUGCGAUGGGAUUUGGUAAGUACUUGGCAGGUGAGUUACGCAAAAAAUGCCAAGUACGACAAGGCGGUCCCAGGCAGUUGCUGCCUGGACGUGGCUGUAGGCAGACUGUUGCGAAACGAGGCGGCGAAGACAAAUGGUGUGCAUGUGGUGUCGCUAUUUGUGGACCUUGAGUCCUUUUUCGAUACCAUCCAAUACUUGGCAGCAGAUGGGGUGCUAUCGGCAGGCAUCAGAGCUACGAAUGGAGUGCAAGCGGGGUGCCCUGCGGCGCCGUCAUUAGCGAAAGUGGCAUUGCGUCAGACGAUUGACAAGAUCCAAAAGCGCAAAGAUGUGGCAAAUGUGGACUGCUGGUUGGAUGAUGUCUCAAUUGACGUCCAGCAUAAAUCCUUCAAACAAGCGGCAGACAGUGCGAUCCGAGUCUACCGCAGCUUAAAGGACGGGAUGGACGCAAAUGGGUUCACGAUUUCAUCCAAGAAGACAGGGUUUGUAGCCAGCAGUACCCAGGCGAGCAAGCACCUGCGAGAACUACUGUUACCGCAUGAGCCACAAGUGUACGACGUGAUGCGGGACUUGGGCGUCGACAGUACCGGUGGGCGAAAGCGUCGUUUGGUGACGUCGGCCACACGGGCAAAAAAAGCACAUGCCCGACAGAGCAAGCUGUCCAGGCUGGGGCCGCCGCCCAGCACUAAACUCCGCGUAGUCAAGGCCGCGAUCACAUCCGUUGCUUUGUGGGGGCACCCAUCCGUGGGGGUAUCGCCCAAAAGAAUGAAGUGGCUCCGAACAGUGGUGGGCAAACACCUGGGCAAAUACAAGCUUGGUAGUUUGGAAACCAUACUGGAUAUGGGAGCCAAGAAAUGUCAGGACCCGAAGCGCACAAUCCACAAGCAGCAUUUCAAGGUGGUGGCAAAAGUUUUCAGCGCAUGGAUUGGUGGAGGCAAAGCCCACUUUGAAUUGGCCUGGAAAGCCACUUGGAGGAGGUUAAGUGCGGCCAAACACCACUGGCCACUGGUCACGGGACCGAUGGCAGCAACCAUGGCGUACUUAAUGGAUUUGAAGGUGGAUGCAAGUGACCCGGGCAAAUGGAAGAGAGGAAAUGUCCUCAACGUCGAUUGGACCCAGCCACGCAUGGGUGGCCUCGCCUACAAAUGGCUUGAGGGAUUCCUCGAGGAACAAAAAAGGGCUGCAAUAACGCGACAAGCAGGUGGAAAGGGGGCCCAGGAGGGGCUGGAUUGGACGCCGCAUCACAAGCUGACGAAGCUGGGAGGCUUAAGCCCGGGCCUUAUGGAAGGGAUGAAGUCAGUGUGGCAUGCGGGCGUUAUCACGGAGUCCAAGCCUGGCUGGUGCAAGAAGUGCCAAGUGCCAGCCACUCUGGAGCAUGUCCUCAAAGAAUGCCCUUACUGGCGAGACCAAGGGUUCAAAGAACCCAAGCUCCAGGAAUACCUGCGCCACAAAUACCCAUGGGAGUGCCUGUGGACAAGGGCACUCCUGCCCAAGCCGGCGGUGUGGCACCCCAAGCCGCCGGAGCAUCUCUUGGGACUGCGCUACCAAGGAUGCUUUGCAGCAGACGCUACAGUGGAAGCAGAAGGCUUGAUCUUCGCCACUGACGCCAGCGGAGGUCCAGGAGGAAUAGACCCACGUGUACAAACAUCAGCCCUCGCAGUGGUGGCUAUGAACUGGAAAGAUGGUGAGUUGGUGAAAGUCGGACAAAUUACGGAGCUGGUCUACCCGUGGCAGCCGGUAGUGGACAUGGAGCGCCGUGCACUUUUCAGACUAAUGGAGCACACGGAGGAUCUGAUUGACGUCACAAUGGACUGCAAGCCGGCAGUCCAAGCGCUACAAAAAAUACAACCGCCGGACGAUGACCUGGAAUGGAGCAAAGUGUGGAAUGGAAAGAAACGAAUCAAAGCAACAUGGGUCCCGUCCCACAAAACAGAAGAAGCAUUCCUGGAAAAAAUGGGCCCGGGCACGUUGUGGAGACGUGCAGCGAACGACAUGGCGGACAAAGUAUGUGGCGAAGUAGCGGCGGCUGCUUACAGCCCAGCGCAGGCGCGCAACGAAGCAGAUUUCCCCUUCAUCCUGGACCAUGCGCAUUACAAGGAGAAGAUGGAGGUAUUGGAGCAGUACUGCGUCAACCAGCCGGAGGACGAGCAGCCGGAGAAAUUGACCCUCCAGGUGCGAAUCAAACUUGAGGAUUCGUGGAAACCAAUUUUGGAGGAGCAGUUCCUGGAAACAGACCCCAGGAACGAUUGGGUCUACCAAGCGGAGACCUACCUCAGUGAAGAGCGGAAGAAUCGGCCGGACAAAGGCAAGGGUAAAAGCAAGAACAAGCAGCAGGAUCAGCCCCGAGACCGUUCCCCGCUUCGACAGGCCAGACACCCGGAGCAGACUUGGGAUAGGGAUGAGGAGAGUGCUUCAGAAUCUCCGGUCCAAUUGGUCCGCAACCCAACGACAGGGCAAAGCUUACAGCCUAGGGUGCUUCCCUUUAUAGGUGCGGGGCGCACUCGACGAGGAUAUGCUCUGGAUCGGCUAUGGGUCAUGAAACUAGCGAUGGAACCCCAGAGCUUUGGCAACGAAGCAGGGUACGGGGAACAAUUCCCCACCCUGGUCACCAGGACCCUGUGGGCAGGAUGGAUCGGAGUCCUUUUCGACGAGGCGGUGGAGGGGUACUGCCACCACUACUUCUAUGGAAGUAUCAUCCGCAGGGCAGAGCUGUUCAACACAUGGUGGCAGGAACAUCGCCAAGAAGCCGGGGUCCUCAGACAGUCCCUGUUUUACCUGGUGGCUAUAACGUCAUGGCUGACCACGCAAGGAGUUGCUCUAUCGGAUAUCACGGUAAGCAACGUUGGGCGCGACCCGAUGUCAGGAUCGCUACCACGGGCAGUGUUCUUUGACACGGCAGAGUGGUCGACGCUGCAGGAGGAGAGAUACAAGUUAUCAAGCGGCCUCGUACGCCUCCUGGAGAAAUAUGACGAGGAGCUACUGGCAACCAUACGUGGAUUGGUCAGAACGUACGACGGCAAAGCCAGCGCGCUUUGGAUGGCGUGCGUAGGCAAUGUCGGGCCUUUUGCCCAGCACCUACUGGAUGCCGGGAUUGCAAAACGAGGAUGGGAUGGAACCCUACUUCCGGUCCCGGCAACAGAGAUCCAGAAAAUCACGUUGGGCAUGCCAGAUGACGAAGCUGAUGAGUGA